AUGGAAAAUGAAAAUAAUAUUUGCACCAAGAGUGACGUACCAAGAAGUAAAGCAAUAUGGAAUUCAGAGAGUUUGAAUUUUUUCUUAGACUUCUGUAUCAAAGAGGUUGGUGAUGGGCAUCGUCCUGCUACUUAUUUAGAUAAAGUUGGAUAUGUAAACUUGAUUACAAAUAUGAAGAAAGCAACUGGAAGAGAUUACACUAGACCACAAUUGAAAAAUAAGUGGGAUGGAUUAAAAAAUGAAUGGAAGCUUUGGAAGCAACUCAAGGGAAAAGAAACUGGCUUCGGAUGGUGUUAUGACGUUAAACUUUGUGUUAUGACACUUUAUGGCUAUUUGGCAUACACGGAUGAGGAGAUUGAGUUACAAUCGGCGUCUAUAGCUACAUACUUUGUUCAACAUUAUUAUACAACAUAUAUUGAAAAGACACCUUGUAUGAAUUCUUCUCAAACUGGUCAUAUGUGGUUGAUGGAAAUAUUAAAAGGAAAUGAAAGUAGAUGUUAUAGCAUGUUUAGGAUGGAGAAAGAUGUUUUCAUUAAAUUAUGCGAUGAAUUGGAAGCUAAUUAUGGAUUUAAGGGUUCAAAGAGAAUGUGUGCUCUUGAGAUAUUAGGCAUGUUUUUAUUUACAUUAGGUCACGGUGCUGGAAACCGAUUAACACAAGAGCGAUUCCAAUACUCAGGUGAGACAGUUAGUCGAUAUUUCAACAAGGUUUUAGAUGUUUUAUGUCAUAUGAGUGUAGAUGUAUUAAAACCACCAGACCUAGAAUUUAAAGAUGUUCCUGAAGAGAUAUUGAAAGAUUCUAGAUAUAUGCCUCAUUUUAAGAACUGUAUUGGCGCAAUAGACGGUGUACAUGUGAAUGCUGUAAUUCCACCUAAAGAUCAAGUACCAUUUGUUGGUAGAAAAGGGAUACCAACUCACAAUGUCAUGGCAAUAUGUAAUUUUGAUAGGCAAUUUAUAUAUGCAUAUGCUGGGUGGGAAGGUUCUGCUCAUGAUACAAGAAUUUUCUAUACAGCUUUACGUGAUUCAACUUCAAAUUUUCCAAAACCUCCCCAAGGAAAAUAUUAUUUAGUGGAUGCGGGAUACCCACAAAUUACAAGUUUUUUAGGACUAUAUAAAGGCCAAAGAUACCAUCUACCACAAUUUCAACGACGUAGCAAACCUACUGGUUAUAAAGAGGUAUUCAACCAGGCACAUUCUUCUCUUCGAAGUGUUAUUGAAAGAACUUUUGGAGUAUGGAAGAAAAGAUGGAAAAUAUUAAGAGAUAUGCCUAGUUAUCCAUAUCAGAAGCAAGUGAAAAUAGUGAUUGCAUCAAUGACCUUGCAUAAUUACAUUCGAAGGCAUGCAAAACGUGAUCGACAUUUUGAGAAAAUUAGAGAUAAUCCAUAUUAUUGUGUCGAAGAUCAAACUAGUAUUGAAGAUGAAGAUGAGACAGCUAGAGCUUCAAAUUUAAAUGAAAUGGACAAUACUAGAGAUCUGAUUGCUGCAAGUUUAAUGGGAUAUAAUUAA